AUGGCUCUGGCUGCCUUUAUCAACAGCCCUACGGGGCCCAUGACCACGCACUUCUGGGGCCCUGUGGCCAAUUGGGGUUUGGCAGCUUCUGGUAUGUACGAUGCUGCGCUUAAAGGACCCGAGAUCAUCAACGAACGCAUGUCCGCAACACAGAUCCUGUACAGCGGACUAUUUGUUCGUUUUGCUUGGGCGGUACAACCCCGCAACUACAUCCUAGCCUCCUGUCAUACAGCCAACGUCCUGGCGCAGGGCAACCAGCUCCGACGGUGGGCCGAGUACAAGAUGCAGACGGAGCCGGAGACGGGCCCGACGGCAGUGCGCAACGCGGGCAUCAUGGCAGCAGGAGUGGCUGCAGGUAUCGGUGCUAUGGUCGCUGGCAGCACGCCUCUUCAAAACAGCCUCAAAGGGGGCAGCGGCUUCUUGGCACGGAUGGCAACCCAUCCAGCUGGCCCAUUUUACAUUCACUUCUGGGCUCCUAAUUUCAAGUGGGCGCUCUCAAUAAACAACCUUAUGGAUUAUGACCGACCAACUGACAAGAUCAGCCUGUCCAUGACCAGUGCCCUGACGCUGACUGGACUGAUCUUCAUGCGCUGGUCCUUCGUCAUCACGCCAGUCAACUACAGUCUCUUCGCUGUGAACUGCGCCUUGUCAAGUUCUUCCGGGUACUUGCUUGCACGCAAAGUGAAGGCAGACUACUUCGACAAGUAG